GGCGGUAGCCAAUGGGUGCGGUGGAACGCUUAUGUCGCCGUCCCGGUCGCGGGGUGGUGGAGCCCCACUAGGGCGGGGAGCGGGCGCGGGGCUGGGGUAGGCUACUCGCGGCAGGGCGGUGGAGGCUGCUGGCGGUAGAGGAGGUUGUCGGCUGGCGGUCCUCUCCGCAGCGCUGACGGGGAUGCACGUCUUCCACCGGCGCUGACUCCGCGGGGCAGAGCUGGGUACCCGCCUCCCACAGCUAUCGAUGUGACGGACCCCGCUGCCGCUAGCCACCCAGGAAUACGUCGCCGUGAUUCGGCUGCGCUGCGGGGAGGAUCGAUUACUUGAUGUGCUGCAGCUCAAACAUUUAACACUUCACACUUAUGCCAUUGGAGAUGGAGGCCAAAGCCAACAAUCUCGUUUUUGGCUGUCAGCGAAGCUCAACAUCUGAUGAUGACUCUGGCUGUGCCUUGGAAGAAUAUGCCUGGGUUCCCCCAGGCCUCAGACCAGAGCAGGUCCAGUUGUAUUUUGCCUGCUUGCCAGAGGAGAAGGUCCCUUAUGUUAACAGCCCUGGAGAGAAACAUCGAAUUAAACAACUUCUCUAUCAGCUGCCACCCCAUGAUAAUGAGGUGAGGUACUGCCAGUCUUUAAGUGAAGAAGAAAAGAAGGAACUGCAGAUGUUCAGCUCUCAGAGAAAAAAAGAGGCCCUUGGCCGAGGCACUAUUAAGCUACUCUCAAGAGCAGUGAUGCAUGCUGUUUGUGAACAGUGUGGUACGAAAGUGAAUGGAGGUGAAGUUGCAGUUUUUGCCUCAAGAGCUGGACCAGGUGUGUGUUGGCAUCCCUCAUGUUUUGUGUGCUUCACGUGUAAUGAGUUGCUUGUUGACCUGAUCUACUUCUACCAAGAUGGAAAAAUUCAUUGUGGCAGACACCAUGCAGAGCUUCUCAAACCUCGAUGUUCAGCCUGUGAUGAGAUCAUUUUUGCUGAUGAGUGUACAGAAGCCGAGGGUCGCCACUGGCACAUGAAACACUUCUGUUGCCUCGAGUGUGAGACAAUCCUGGGUGGACAGAGAUACAUCAUGAAGGAUGGGCGACCAUUCUGCUGCAACUGUUUUGAAUCUCUCUAUGCAGAAUACUGUGAGACCUGUGGGGAACACAUUGGUGUUGACCAUGCUCAGAUGACCUAUGAUGGACAGCACUGGCAUGCCACAGAGACUUGCUUUUCUUGUGCUCAAUGCAAGACAUCUUUGCUUGGCUGCCCUUUCCUUCCAAAGCAAGGGCAGAUUUAUUGUUCAAAAACCUGCAGCUUGGGAGAGGAUGUUCACGCCUCUGACUCCUCUGACUCUGCAUUUCAGUCUGCUCGCUCCAGAGACUCCAGGAGGAGCGUUCGCAUGGGAAAAAGCAGCCGGUCAGCCGACCAGUGCCGCCAGUCUCUCCUGCUGUCACCCGCCCUCAAUUACAAAUUCCCUGGCCUUUCAGGCAAUGCUGAUGACACACUUUCUCGUAAGAUGGAUGACCUAAGCCUUUCCAGGGAAGAGGCAAGCUUUGUUAAUGAAGACUUCUGGAAAGGAAGAGUAGAGCAAGAAAUGCCUGAAGACCCUGAAGAAUGGGCUGAACAUGAAGACUACAUGACUCAGCUUCUUAUGAAGUUUGGUGAUAAAAACCUCUUCCAGCAGCCUGCUGAAGUAGACAUUAGAUCAAGUGAACACUGGAUUUCUGAUAGCAUGGUCAAGAACAAGUUGGACUUGAAAAAAAAUAAUCCAAGUCUAGCAAGUAAGAAGUAUCAAUCAGACAUGUACUGGGCUCAGUCACAAGAUGGCUUGGGUGACUCUGCAUAUGGCAGCCACCCAGGCCCUGCCAGCAGUAGAAAAAUCCAGGAACUAGACAUGGAACACAGGGCAUCAGAAUACAAGCAUGACCAAACACCGUGGUAUGGAGGUUCACUUGAAUGUUUGUCUGACCUGAAACAGCAGGAACAAAGUGUUCGAGACUCCAUGGAUUCUUUGGCUUUAUCUAAUAUAACAGGGGCUUCGAUGGAUGGAGAAGGCAAGCCACGACCAUCUCUCUACUCUUUACAAACUUUCCAAGAACUGGAAGUAGAGGACUGUGAGAAAAUGAGCAACAUGGGAACUCUGAAUUCUUCCAUGCUCCACCGGAGCACAGAGUCCUUGAAGAGCCUGAGCUCAGAGUUGUGUCAGGAAAAAGUCUUGCCAGAAGAAAAGCCAGUGCAUGUGCCUGUCCUGAGGAGAUCUAAAUCCCAGUCGAGACCACAGCAAGUAAAGUUUUCAGAUGAUGUUAUUGACAAUGGAAGUUAUGAGAACGUUGAGAUACGUCAGGCUCCGAUGAGUGAAAGGACUCGCAGGCGCGUUUACCAUUUUGAAGACCGUGGGAAUCGGCCUUCUCAUCAUCGCAGAAGAAGCAGGAAGUCUCGUUCAGAUAAUGCACUUAACUUGGCCGCAGAGAGAAGAUGUUCUCCAAGAGAGAGAUUUCGUUAUUACUCCCCUCAGGAUCAUGAGAAAUUUAUCCAGAACAGAAGCUCCCGCGAGCUGCAGGCAUACAUCCAGAACGCGGAGCUGUACGGACGGUAUGCCCACACGCGGUCUGACUACGCGCUGAGGAACCAGCUGGUGGAUAAAUUUUUUGGAUUGUAUGGUGAGGAAGAUGACUCCUGGUGUUCAACUUCAUCCUCAUCGUCUGAUUCUGAAGAAGAAGGAUAUUUUCUAGGACAGCCAAUUCCACAGCCACGAUCGCUGAGAUACCCAUACUACACAGAUGACCUUUCUGGUCCAACGGCCGCGUUAUCUAGUUCUCAGUUUGGACAAAGGACAACCAAAUCAAAGAAGAAGAGGGGACACAAAGGAAAAAACUGCAUCAUUUCUUAACGUGCUUUCAGCAGUUGGGAAGAGCAGUUAACUCCGUAGCUACAGUCUGAACCACAUCUUUUUAUAUUAAUAAGUAUACUUAGGCGAGUUGCUAAGGCUCUUAAUGCUUUGCCAGUGUCAAUGAUAACCGGAGUUUACCUUGUAGAAGUAACACUGGGAAAUGUCACCACGCCCAAUGACAGCCUGCUCAGAUACUGCUAGGUUUACUGUUACUGCAGGUUCCUCACACAGAUGUUUUGUUACACAUUUUAUUUUAUGCUUGCUGUUCACCUAAGCUGAAUCAUCUGAGAGAGGGGGUUCAACAAAGAUCAGUAAAAGUGUCAGACCUGUGCUAUACUCACACAGGGUGAUCUUUGACUUUUUCCUCUUAGCACCAAAAAAAAGAAGGCUCCAUACUGUUCCCUUUCUUUAUUGAUAAAAGCUUAGUCUUCCUCCUUCAGGUUUACUUUCUUUUUUCAUUUGGGAAAAUGCUCUUUUUCCAAAGAGCCCACUAUAAAGGAGGCAAAAAGCAUAGAAUUUGGAAGCUGAAACACUGGAGGCCCUGAUGUAUUCAAGAGCAACAGUAAAUGGUUGAUAGAACUUCCAUGGCCUCCACAUUCUUUUAGGAAUUCCCUCCCUCCAAAAGGGUUUUGUGUGUGUGUGAGAGUGUGUGUCUGUUUAAGGGAAGAUAUUAAUUAAGCUGCUGGAACUGGACCUGGGUGCCAAUAAGUGGUGAUGUUUGCUAUGCUGUGACCCCCCCACCCCCCCAGCAGUGAAAGAGAGAGGUACAGCUGCUGGAGUCCUUUGCUCAGGCAUGUAACACCCAUUAAUUCAAUGAGUCUACUUACGUAAGAAAGACUUUCAUAAGGGCUUAAAGGAUUAGGCUCCAGAACUGUGUCUCUUCAAAAGCAUUAUCCAGGUUUUAAAAUGUAUUAGCUGCAAUUCUAAAUAAAAUCUAAAAAUAUUGAUAUUUAUAAGGUAGUGUUUCAUAGGCUUAAAUGUAUUCAUAAUUUAACAGUGCAAAUACUAAUGUACAUAUUGUACAGUUCAAAGUUUUAAAAGCUGAAUAUUUUUAUAUCCCUGAAUUUGAACAAGUUUGUUACGAUAUCAAACUAGAUUUGUUAGGGGUUUAAACAGCAGCAUCGUGGAGGAAAUAUUGCUUGUAUUUUAGUCAGAGGUUUUAAAUUGAAAGACGCUGAAAGAUGUUUAGUGCAGAACAGCUUAAUUUUGUCUACUAGGUAUUAAAAGCUCUGUAUGCAUGGUGGGGCUAUGUAAAUACUCUCUAAACUAUGGCCUUCUUAAUCCUGCAAGUGUUAUUUAUGGGUCAAGCGAAAUGUAAACUAUAUAAAUGUAAAAACCACACAAGCCUGGAAUAUAUCAGUACAACAGAUAUGCAA